AUGGAAAGGACGCGGGAGUGGAAAUGGGACUCGACGACAACCUAUCUCCGAAACAUCUUGUUUGGUGGUUUAGAAAGGGGAACAUCCGCCUUGCCAACACCAUCAACGAUCAACAUCAUGUUCAACACUAUCCUAAAAGCAACACCACGGCUUUACAGCCACUUGGCUACGAGCAGAAUGAUCUUCCCUGAACUCCAGACUCAGUCCAGAACCGCAAGAACUAUAGAAUUACAUGAACGGUGCCCCAUCAACACAACCAAGACAUUAUCAACCCCUUUCUCAUCAGCACAAGAGAUCCUCGAGGCCUCCAUCAACUGCAAUCAAAGCAGAUUCGGCAGUCCUCACCAAGAUAACCCAUUCCAAGGCUUCAUAAGGGGUUCAAGCAGAACCAAGGCGGUUUACAGGUAUGAGGCGCCGAGACGGAAAGCCGGACAACAAGCAACAUCUUCAACCACCUCCAGUUCAUAUCUAUCAUGCUUUGGGAACUUUGGAGGUCUAUUCACGCAUGUCGUUGAGGCUCUGGGUAACCCGAGAGAAUAUGCAAUCAACCGAUGGAUAGAUCAAGAGGAGGAGAUUGAAAGGCUGCCGGAAAAUCAGGGCGCGAUUAUCAAACGUCUUCAGGCCGUGGAAAGGCGUCAGGAACUUCACUCGUAUAUGGCAUACUGCAUUGUGAGUGGCUUUGUGCUCGCGACUGCUCUUUUGAUUCUCGUGGCGUUUGCUGCCAGGGAGAUCAGAGAUAAGGGAAGGACGGUAAAUAGCGAUGAGAAACAUGUGUCUAGAGGUCUAGUGCUUACACCAAUGUUACAUUGUACGCUGAACCACGUACAUGCACCUCCCAACAGGCAGGUCAUGUGGCUAUGUGACAUCCACACCUGCUUGAAGUAG